AUGCGAAGUGUUCUGAGGAAGGGAAGCAUCACACAUCUGUGUAACAAAAUAAGAUGUGUAAAUCGUGUGCCAUGGAAUGAAGGUAAAAGGCGAAUAAGUAGUGCCACGUUGAGCAGUGGGAAGAGGAGUCCAUCGAGUAGCCGCCUCUUCAGCUCAUUCGAAACAAGAACGUUUGGAAGUCAAGCAGAACAGGUAAUCGACGGGAUAGCAUUCACCAUAUAUGAUAAUACGAGUAUAUACAAGGAGGAGACCAGUAGCACCCCCAUAGUGUUAAUCCACGGGUGUUAUGGGAGCAAAAAUAACUUUCGUGUCUUUAGCAAAAGCUUAAAAAGCAAUAAAAUUGUAACCAUAGAUUUACGGAAUCAUGGCAACUCAAAACAUACAGAUAGCAUGAAAUAUGAAGAAAUGGAAAGUGAUAUAAAAAAGGUUUUGAAUGAGCUUCACAUUAGGAACUGCUGCAUAGUUGGUUUCAGUUUAGGGGGGAAGGUGUCCAUGUACUGUGCGCUAAAAAACGAGUCUCUUUUUUCGCACCUAGUGGUGAUGGACAUCCUUCCUUUUGAUUACAAUGAGAGGAAGUGCCAUGUGAAGCUCCCCUACAACAUCAGCUACAUGACGAAGAUUCUCUUUAACAUCAAGACGAAUCUGCGGCCGAGGAGCAAGGCCCAGUUUCUGGCUCACCUCCGAGCGCAGACCCCGGGCAUAUCCAGCUCCUUCGAGCAGUUCAUCUGCACGUCGCUCAGGGAGGAGGCCGUGAAAGCGGUGAAAGCGGGGGAAGCGGCGGGGAAUGCAGUUGGAGCGGACUUCACCGGUGGUGCGGACGCAAUUGGCUGCUCGGCAGGCGGGCCCUCCGAGCUGCAAAACCUCGUGUGGAAAAUUAACGUGGACACCAUCUACAGAGAACUCCCCCACAUUCUCGGCUUCCCGCUAAACCACCAGGAGCGCAAGUACCAUAACCCCUGCAGCUUCAUCAUCGGCCAGAAGUCAGAUUUAGUCUACACCAUACCACAGUACCAGUCCAUUAUAAAAAAUUACUUUCCCUCCAGCCAGAAUUUUAUUUUGCCUGAGGCGACUCAUACGGUUUAUAUUGACAAUGCGAAGGAGUGCGCUGAUAUUGUUAAUGAGACGUUGCGCUUGUGA